AUGACGAUGAUGAUGACAAUGCUGAUGCUGAUGUUGAUGUUGAUGGUGAUGCUGAUGGUGAUGACGAUGACGAUGAUCAUCAUUAUAAUGAUUGUGCCAAAGAACAAUUAGCAGGUUUCUGGUCAACGGUUGAAAAGAUAGAUGAUGAUUUCGAUGAUGAUGAUGAUGAUGAUGAUGAUGAUGAUGAUGAUGAUGUUGGUGGGAUAGCAAACUGCUGGUGA